AUGACCUCUAAAGAAUCUAAGGAGUCGUCCACGACUUUGGUGGCUAAAAAGUCACGCAAAUCUUUAAAAUCUUUGGUAGCGGUAGAUUCUAUUAAUAAUAAGUCAACGUCUACAAAUCGUGUUCCGAAAUGUGCCCGCUGUCGUAAUCACGGCUGGAUAUCAGAGCUACGCGGUCAUAAGAAACAUUGUACUUAUAAGAAUUGUCGUUGUGCUAAGUGUGUGUUGAUUUUCGAGCGUCAGAGAAUAAUGGCGGCUCAGGUAGCCCUUAAGCGUCAACAGGCUGUAGAAGAUGCCAUUGCUCUGCGUUUAGUGGCCACUAAAACUGGCCAACAAAUGGACAGUCUGCCUCCUGGCAAUAUAUUUGAUUUGGCGGAAAAUCUGCAGGACAUUAAACAGGCAAACAAGGCCUCAAAUCCAAUACAACAAGAAACUGUUGAAGAUUUAAGUUUACCCAGUAAACAAACAGAAUCUUUGCAGAAAAGUUCUAAAGUAGAAACCAUCACCGCUAAUAAUGCCUCCAGCACAAGUUGUGCUUCAUCUACUACUCUAACUACUUCCUCUACUGCUAACGUUUCACAGAAUGCCAUUGAUAUGUUGGCUCAAUUAUUUCCUCAAAGAAAACGCGCAGUUUUGGAAUUAGUUUUAAAAAGAUGUGAUUCUGAUUUGGUUAAAGCUAUUGAAAAUAUUUCCUCAUCCUAUAAGGAUCAUAGAGAAGAUAUAGAAGUUGAUGUAGAGCCAUUAACGAACAGUGGAAAUAAUGUUAUGAAAAGUGCUUUUAAACCGGUUUAUAGUUCAGGAAUGCAUCCCAAACCUUUAACCCUUAGCAGUUCGUUAUGUUCCACCGCUACUGCUUAUCCCAAAUGGUUUGUGCCCCUUACAUUUCCCAUUACUUUUCAGGGGCAUUUGGCACCAGCUUUACCUCCUAACGCUAGUCUACCGCCUCUCGCUACACGUUGUACUUUGCCAAAUUGUACAUGUUUAGAGGGUUAUCAAUUUAAUUGUUCAUAA